UGAUAAAAACUGCAUAAAGAUAUUCGAUCAGUAGCCUGUCGUCAAUAUGAUUAGCCUAUAACGUUACAUAAUUAAAAUGCGGAGACGGGACUUUUAUUUUGAACUGCUCUGAAGAUAUUUAGUAGGCUAGUGUUCAACUCAUAGGUUCAACAACUGUGCUUUAUUUACGUAGGCUACUUUUUUUCCACGGAGUUUGACAUUCGUUGCUUAUUAUGGAGGAAGAACAAUCCAUUCCGCCAAAGCCAAGUGUUUAUCUGGAAAGAGAGGAAGGGAAUGCUAACUUUAAAAUUGGUUUUUAUGAUGAGAGAAAUGAAGAGAGUGAAGUUCAUCUGUUGCGUGAAGUUCAUUAUGAGCAGCAUCUCCAGUUCUAAGCUAUGUGUCUUUGAAAAGUGACAGAUCCAUGGCUGAGCCUCCUAAAUUCAGUGAUAAAGCAGAAAACUUUCAACCCAGCAUUUUCAGUCUUUCAGGGGGAAAUGAGGAUUUUGCUGUUCACUACCAGUUCCAGGGAGCAGCAUCUCUAUCGAGUUGUGUGUCUUUGAAGAGUGACAGAUCCAUGGCUGAGCCUCCUAAAUUUAGUGAUAAUGUAGGACACUUGCAGGCCAGUCUUUCAGAGAAAAUGGAGGACUAUGCUGUUCACCACCAGUUCCAAAAAGAGGCAUCUUCGCUACCAAGUUGUGUGUCUUUGAAGAGUGACAGAUCCAUGGCUGAGCCUCCUAAAUUCAGUGAUAAUGUAGGAAACUUUCAACCCAGCAUUUUCAGUCUUUCAGGGGGAAAUGAGGAUUUUGCUGUUCACUGCCAGUUCCAGGGAGCAGCAUCUCUAUCGAGUUGUGUGUCUUUGAAGAGUGACAGAUCCAUGGCUGAGCCUCCUAAAUUUAGUGAUAAUGUAGGACACUUGCAGGCCAGUCUUUCAGAGAAAAUGGAGGACUAUGCUGUUCACCACCAGUUCCAAAAAGAGGCAUCUUCGCUACCAAGUUGUGUGUCUUUGAAGAGUGACAGAUCCAUGGCUGAGCCUCCUAAAUUCAGUGAUAAUGUAGGAAACUUGCAGGCCAGUGGGAAAAAGAAACAGGUGGGUCAAGAUCAGUCUAUGUGCCUGUCUGGAGAUGUUGCCUGCGUUCAGUGCAGAAAAGGAUCUGUCAUUUUUCCUGAUAUACACCCACACAUGAGAAGGUCCGGUCCUGCUGAAGAGCAGCUGAACUCUUACCAACCAGUAGAUGGCAUCAUACAGCGUAUCAAAAAUAGUCACAAAACCAGCAUGAAGAACAAAUAUGAGAGUUUGUGUGAAGGAAUCGAUAUACAAGAGAACAAAACUCUCCUGAACAAGAUUUAUACACAGGUUUAUAUAAUAGAGGGAGAAAGUAAAGGAGUAAAUGAAGAACAUGAGGUUGUACAAAUAGAGAAAGCCAAAACUGAACGCUUACAAGGCACUCCAAUCAACUGCAAUGACAUUUUCCAGCCCAUACCUGAUCCAAUUUAUGAGGGAAAAGAAGAAAAAGAAAACAUAAAGAUCGUUCUUACCAAAGGCAUUGCUGGAAUUGGAAAAACAGUCUCUGUGCAAAAGUUCAUUCUAGAUUGGGCUGAGGGCAAAGCUAAUCAAGAUAUUGAUUUUCUCUUCGUUCUUCCAUUUCGGGAACUCAACUUGGUUAAAGAUGAUCAGUACAGCCUUCACAGACUUCUGCUUGACUUCCACCCAGAGCUUCCUGACUUUGAUGCAAAGAUAUAUGAUUUGUGUAAAGUCUUAUUCAUCUUUGAUGGACUGGAUGAAAGUAGAAUUAUGUUGACAUUUUUAGACUGUGAGAAAGUUUCUGAUGUAUUUACAACAUCAUCAAUGGGCAUGUUGGUGUCAAGUCUCAUUAAAGGAGAGCUGCUGCCCUCUGCUCUCAUCUGGAUCACAUCCAGACCUGCAGCAUGCAGUCAGAUCCCCUCUCAUUGCAUCAGUCGUGUGACAGAGGUACAGGGAUUCAAUGACCUUCAGAAGGAGGAAUAUUUCGGGAAGAGGAUCAGAGAUCAACAUCAAGCCAGCAGAAUCAUCUCACACGUAAGAACAACAAGAAGCCUUCACAUCAUGUGUCACAUACCGGUCUUCUGCUGGAUCUCUGCCACUGUUCUUCAGAACAUCCUGAAACAAGACCACCGUGGAGAAAUCCCCAAAACACUAACUGAAAUGUACAUACAUUUUCUGAUCAUUCAAACCGAUAUGAAGAGGCAGAAGUAUGGUGAGAGAGAUGAGAGAAAUGGGAAAGAUCCAAAGUUGCUGCUGCAGUCAGAAAGAGAUGUGAUUUUGAAACUUGCUGAACUGGCUUUCAAAGCUCUGAUGAAUGGUUGUGUCCUAUUUUAUGAGGAGGACCUGAAAGAGUGUGGCAUAGAUGUCAAUGAGGCCUUGGUGUAUUCUGGGAUUUGCACUGAGAUCUUUAAGCAGGAAUCUGUGAUGUAUUCAAGGAAGGUGUUCUGCUUUGUUCAUCUGAGCUUUCAAGAGUUUUUUGCGGCGGUUUUUCUGUUCUCCAACUAUUUAAACAAGAACAGUGAUGUUCUGAAGAUGUUCAAGAAGAAGAAAGGGAGAGGAAAGUUCAAACCGCAGACCAAUGAAGUUUCACUUGAUGUGUUUCUGAACGGCGUCAUUGAUGAAGCACUGAAAAGUGAUAACGGACAUCUGGAUCUUCUCCUUCGAUUUCUUCAUGGCAUCUCAUUGGAGUCAAAUCAGAGACUUCUCCAAGGUCUGUUCACACACAUUGAGGACAACCCUGAAACCAUGAAGAAAGUGACAAAAAACCUCCAACAAAGUCAAAAGCAGAAUGUUAGUCCAGAAAGAUGGAUUAAUCUCUCUCACUGCUUGAUUGAAAUGAAAGAUACUUCUAUUCCUGAAUACAUUCAGGCUUUCUUUAAAGCUGAAGGAAAAAGAAAACUAUAUCUGUCUUCUUCCCACUGUUCAGCUAUGGCUAACAUGCUUCUGAUGGCAGAGGAUGUUCAGGAAGAGCUAAACCUCAAGAAAUACAGCACAACGUCCAUAGCGGCUCAAAGAAGACUGCUACCAGCUGUGAGGAACUGUCGAAAAGCACUAUUGGCAGGCUGUAAUCUCACUGAACAAUCAUGUGAAAUUGUGGCAUCAGCUCUACAGGCAGCAAACUCCCCUGUGAGAGAGUUGGACAUGAGUAACAAUGACCUGCAGGACUCAGGUGUGAAGCUCAUUUCUGUUGGACUGAAGAGUUCACACUGUAAACUGGAGACACUGAGAUUGAUAUGCUGUAAACUCACCAUACAGUCCUGUGAAUCUGUGGCUUCAGCUCUGUUAUCAGCAAAUUCAUGCCUGAGAGAGCUGAACCUCAGUAACAAUGACCUGCAGGAUUCAGGAGUGGUGAGGCUCGCUGCUGGAUUGAAAAGUCCAUACUGUAAACUGGAGUUAUUGAGUUUGUCUGGCUCUAAACUUACCGACCAGUCCUGUGAAACUCUGGCCUCAGUGCUACAGUCAACGGACUCCUGCUUGAGAGAGUUGAACCUCAGUAAUAACAACCUGCAGGAUUCAGGGCUGGAGUUGCUCUCUGCUGGACUAAAUAGCUGUAAACUGGUAAAACUAAGACUGGACAGCUGUAACCUCACUGGUCAGUCCUGUAAAGUGAUUUCUGCAACUCUACAGUCAGUAAACUGUCUUCUGAAGGAGUUGGACCUGAGUAACAAUGACGUGCAGGAUUUAGGAGUCAAGAUUUUGUCAGCUGGGCUGAAAAGUUCACACUGUAAACUGGAGAUACUGAGAAUGUCCAUUUGUAAUCUCACUGACCGAUCCUGUGCAAACGUGGCCUCAGUUUUACAAUCAGCGAACUGCCCCUUGAGAGAGCUGAACCUUAGCAAAAAUGACAUGCAGGACUCAGGAGUGGAGAUGAUCUCAGAUGGACUGAAGAGUUCACACUGUAAACUGGAGAUACUGAGACUGUCUAGCUGCUUCAUCUCAGAGAAAGGCUUUUCUGUUCUGGCAUCAUCUCUGACUUCAAACCCCUCACACCUGAGAGAGCUGGACCUCAGCUGCAAUUAUCCAGGAGAAUUAGGUGGUCGGGUUCUCUUGGCUUUAGUGAAUGAUCCAACCUGCAAAUUGGAGAUACUCAAUUUGGAACAUGAGGGCAAAUUUAGGAUUACAGCUGGAUUACGAAGAUAUGCCUGUGAGCUCACAAUGGACCCAAACACUGCACACACACAUCUGUGUCUGUCUGAGGGGAGGAGAACUGUAACACAUGUAGAAGAGGCACAGUCAUAUCCAGAUCACCCUGAGAGAUUCAAGUGCUAUCCUCAGGUUCUGUGCAGAGAGAGUCUGUCUGGACGCUGUUACUGGGAGGUUGAGUGGAGUGGGAAGGACGGAGUCUAUGUUUCAGCGUCAUAUAAAGGUAUCAGGAGGAAAGAAGAGAGUAAUGACUGUGAGUUUGGCUCCAAUGAGAAGUCCUGGAGGCUCAUCUGCUCUGAUAACAGUUUAUCAGCCUGGCACAAUAAUGAGAAGACUAAAAUACGUCCACCGUCAUCCUCAACUCGUUCUAAAAGGGUAGGGGUGUAUUUGGACUGGCCGGCUGGCACUCUCUCGUUCUACAGCAUUUCUGACACAAACAGAGUCAUACACUUGCACACAUUCCACUCCACGUUCUCGGAGCCUCUCUACGCAGGGUUUGGCCUUUAUUCUGGCUCCUCUGUGUCUGUGUGUCAGAUUGAGACAUCUCUUGUUGGUCAGAAUGCAAACAACUGUGGGAAUGAUAUAAAUAUAACAAACACGUAGAGCAGAACUGUUAUGUUUGUUCAACAAACGCAUAAAAGCAAACUUUUUUUUAAACUGAUAAUAAAAAAACAGUUUUUUUAAAUGAACA